AUGAUUUGGUUAAUAUUUAGUGGUUUGUUAGUGACAGUUUUCGCAAAAAGUUUAACGAAUGUGGAUUCCCCACCGAGAGGUUGUGAAUGGCAGAUGCAACUUAUUGAUGUCAAUGUAAGUGGAGAAGAACCAGUGCUUUAUUGUCAAAUUAGGACCAUAAAUAGUGUUGAAUUUUUGGUUAGGAACUUAACUCAAUCUGAAUCAGAUCGUGUCACAGUAUUAAUGUUAGAGUGUAACGAUGUUUUGUUUUUCGAGAGUUCUUUGGAAACCGCACGACAGGGCAAUUUUUUAUCCUCGCUGAAACAACUUAGAGAUCUUAGAGUAGAAAAUUGUAAAAUACGAAAUAUACCUGCUGGAGCCUUCUCACAACUCAGACACUUGAAAAAACUUUCUUUGAGAUCGCACAAUUCAGAAUGGUCUGCUAUGAACUUAGAAUUGCAUCCUGAUAGCUUUCGAGGAUUGUCAGAUGUAAGAAGUUUAGAUUUAGCUGAUAAUAAUAUUUGGAGCACUCCUGAAGAAUUAUUUUGCCCGUUAUUUAACUUAAAACAUCUUAAUCUUACUAAAAACAAACUUCAAAAUGCUUCAGCUUUAGGAUUUUCUGAUUGGGGCAACGGGCCUUUAGCUCCGGGAAAAGCGUGUGUUAGUGGAUUAGAAAUUUUGGAUUUAUCUCACAACGACAUUAUAUCCUUGUCAGACAAUGGCUUUUCGGCUUUGCGAUCUUUAGAAGAACUUCAUUUGGAAAAUAAUGCAAUCUCUACUCUGGGCGACCGAGCUUUUGUGGGCCUAACGGCACUAAACUCCUUGAAUUUGUCAAGUAACUGCCUUGUUGCUUUACCACCAGAACUAUUUCAAAGCUCAAGAGAGUUGAGACAUCUUUAUUUACACAACAACUCGCUAAGUGUCCUAGCUCCAGGCCUUUUAGAAGGACUCGACCAACUUCAGGUCCUUGAUUUAUCAGAUAACGAACUUACAAGUCAUUGGGUGAAAAGAGACACUUUUGCAGGCCUAGUAAGGUUAGUUGUGUUGAAUUUAGCCAGUAACCAAUUAACUAAGAUCGAUACAACUUUGUUUAGAGAUUUAUAUACGUUGCAAAUUUUAAAUUUAGAACACAAUAACAUAAAUUCCAUUCAAGACGGUGCUUUUACAGAGUUGAAGAAUUUACAUGGUCUCAUACUGAGCCAUAAUCGUUUAGUUCGUAUUGAAAACUACCAUUUUUCCGGAAUGUACGCUUUAAACCAACUCUUGUUAGAUUCGAAUGAAAUAGAGCACAUUCAUCCGAAAGCUUUCGAGAACGUGACGAAUUUACAGGACUUGGGUUUGAACGGAAAUAUUCUCGGUACAGUGCCGCCCGGUAUAGGACAGUUACGCUUCUUAAGAACGCUCGAUUUAGGUAAGAACCAUAUCAAAUCGGUGACUAAUGCCUCUUUCGAAGGACUGGAGAUGCUAUAUGGCCUGAGAUUAGUCGACAACCACAUCGUGAACAUUUCUAGAGAUGCAUUUUCUACACUGCCGUCGUUACAGGUAUUGAAUUUAGCUUCAAAUAAAAUAAAAUACGUUGAACAGAGUGCUUUUUCAAGUAAUCCAACACUCAAAGCCAUUCGUUUAGAUUCGAACGAACUCACGGACAUAAGUGGUGUAUUUACAAAUUUAAAAACUCUCGUCUGGUUGAAUGUUUCAUCGAAUAAACUACUCUGGUUCGAUUUCAGCCAUUUACCUGUCAGUUUGGAGUGGCUCGACAUGCACGACAACCAAGUGCCCGAGCUAGCGAAUUAUUACGACGUAAGAAACAACUUAAAAAUCAAAAUGUUGGAUGCCAGUUACAACUUAAUAACAGAAGUUAAAGGAAAUUCUGUACCUGACAGCGUAGAGACUCUCUUUUUAAACAACAAUAAGAUUACAAAAGUACAUGCAAACACGUUCAAUGACAAAAAAGCUUUGGAAAAAGUGGUUUUGUACGGAAACGAAAUAAAAUUUCUCGAUUUGGCAGCGCUAAGUCUCAGUCCUGUUACUAACGAGAAAGAUUUGCCGCAGUUUUAUAUCGGAGACAAUCCUUUUUAUUGCGAUUGUAAGAUGGAAUGGCUUCUAAGAAUCAAUCAUCUCAGUAAUUUAAGACAGUACCCUCAAGUAUUGGAUUUGGAUUCUGUGACUUGUGAGCUCGCCCACUCCAGAGGCGCACCUCCUCAACCGCUACUAAGUUUAAAACCGUCGAACUUUUUGUGUCCGUACGAUGCGCAUUGUUUCCCGGUAUGUCAUUGUUGUGAUUUUGACGCUUGUGAUUGUGAAAUGACUUGUCCUGAUAGGUGUACCUGCUAUCAUGACCAUACGUGGACUUCGAAUGUUGUAGAUUGUAGCAACGCGGGUUAUAACAACGUUCCGGAAAAAAUUCCGAUGGACGCUACUGAGAUUUACCUGGACGGUAACGACCUAGGCGAGCUAGGUAGUCACGUUUUCAUCGGUAAGAAAAAACUCGAAGUUUUGUUUUUAAAUAACAGUAACGUGAAGGCUUUACACAAUAGGACUUUUAACGGGGCGAAUUCCUUAAAAAUACUUCAUAUGGAAAAUAAUAAAUUGGAAGAAUUGCGUGGUUUCGAAUUCGAUCAAUUAGAAAAUAUCAACGAACUUUACUUAGACCACAACGAGAUCAGUUACGUCAAUAAUAAUACGUUUAAAAACAUGCAUAAUCUCGAAGUGCUCAAAUUGGACGAGAAUAAAAUCGUUGAUUUCGUCCCGUGGAAGUUGCCGGAUUCUGAAGCGAGCGUAUCCAAUCCACGUGUUACCCUCGACGGCAACAAGUGGUCCUGCGAUUGCAAUACUCUCAACCGACUCGUAGCCUGGAUUCGGGAGACAGGUGGCAAUCCCGCGAAAAUGUUCUGUGCCGAUAUGGACAACUCAGAAACGGUGGCCGACGUGAUUCAUCGCUGCGAGGACAUGGAUAAUGCUAUCGCGACAUCGGUUAUUCAGCGCGAGGUGAUAAAAAGCCACCAACUCUUCGGCGGCGGCAGCUACGUACCCCUUCUGGCCGCUACCCUCGUGGCCGUCAUCGUAGUGUGUUUGCUCGUCGCUAUUAUGUUUGUUUUUCGUCAAGAAGUUAGACUUUGGGCCCAUUCCAAGUACGGCGUUCGGAUUUUUCAAGAUGUAAAUGCGGGAUUGGAUGGUGGAGACGACAGGGAUAGGCUCUACGACUGCUACAUGGUGUACAGCCACAAAGACGAAGAUCUUGCUUCCAGAGUGAUUGCUCCUGAGCUGGAACAAUUGGGACACACGUUGUGUUUGCAUUACAGAGACCUCCAUUUGAUGGGUGGCGCGUCAUACCUGGCAGACGCCAUGGUGGGUGCAGCUGACGCUUCCAGAAGAGUAGUAUUCGUAGUAUCUCCUCUGCUAAUCUGCAACGAAUGGUCCCGCCCAGAAUUUAGAGCCGCUUUACAAGCAGCUCUAAGAACGACUUAUCGCCAAAAACUUAUCUGCAUCCUCAGCGGCGAUCCCCUUGAACCCAUGGAUCCUGAACUGAGAGCUCUUCUGAGAGCUUGCACAGUGACCAGAUGGGGAGAGCGCCGUUUCUGGGAGAAAUUAAGAUAUGCAAUGCCUGAUGUUAUUAACAAUUCUACCGCCAGGAGGAACAAGAAGCCUCCUACGGAGAUCAGGUGUAAACCUCCCACUCGCUACACUCCAGCUCCUACGGCCCAUGACUCUUGGUGCAAGUACCAACCGAUGCCGGGAGUCCACGCUGUCGCUUUAACCCCAACUCCAACCCAAAGUACUUACGUGUCCGGCGAGUCUGCGCGGAGUACCGAAGAUGAAGCGGGUUCUAGUUCUAGUAGUCAACACUAUGGUUCUGAGCAACUGAACCAUAGCUAUGUGUCAAUUGAUGGGCGGCCUCCUCAGUACAGUCAGUACCCGCCCUGCAGGAACGAAGUACCACACCAUGUCUAUUCAACGAUUCCGGACGCUCCGUCACAGACCAGGACGUACUUCGUUUAA